AUGGGAGUAUCAGAACAUCUCCCAGAUACCAAAGGGCCGAUCGACAAUGGCGAAAGCCAGACCGGUUCUCGGACGGAUUUGGAGCUGCCUGCGCUGACGGGGACAACCGAGCGUAAAUUGAUGGCCAAGAUCGAUUGGCACAUUCUGCCUUGGCUAUGUAUUCUGUAUCUGCUUGCCUUUUUGGAUCGUGUCAAUAUUAGCAAUGCCGCUAUCCUCGGACUCAAGGAGGAUUUGGAUAUCGUCAGUGGCACGAAAUAUAACACCGCGCUCACGAUUUUCUUCGUCCCGUAUAUUAUUUGCGAGAUUCCGUCGAACAUUCUGCUCAAGAAGCUGAAGCCUCAUGUCUGGUUGUCAGGAUGCAUGUUCAUGUUUGGUAUGGUCUUGGUCUUCCAGGGUCUGGUCCAGAACUGGGGUGGACUGAUGGCCACCCGGUUCUUCUUGGGUGUAUUUGAGACGGGCAUGUUCCCAGGAUGCUUCUAUCUGUUGGGCAUGUGGUACACCCGCUCGGAGGCUCAGAAACGUUUCAGUUUCUUCUUCAGUUCCACUACAUUGGCUGGCGCCUUUGGUGGUCUGCUUGCCAGUGGAAUCGGAAAGAUGGAUGGCAUUUGCGGCUAUAGGGGCUGGCGCUGGGUCUUCAUUCUCGAGGGAAUACUGACCUGUGUCGUCUCGAUCAUUUUGUUCUUCUUGAUCGCUGAUUUCCCCGAGGAUGUGAAGUGGCUUACCGAGGAAGAACGCACCUACGUGCGUGCCAAGUUGGCGAAGGAUGUCGGCAAGGCUGCGCACAACGUCCACAUGGGCAAACGCGAGGUGCUGGGUGUUUUCAAGGACUACAAGGUGUUUAUCGGAGGCUUCAUGUACUUCGGAUUGAUUGUUCCGGCUUACGGAUAUGCCUACUUCGCGCCAACAAUCAUCCAGUCUUACGGUUACGACCCUAUCAAGACUCAGUUCUACUCCAUUCCUCCCUGGGCUGCAGCCUUCGGCUUCUCGAUGGUAAUCGCCUACUGCUCUGACAAGCUGCGACACCGGUUCGCAUUCACUUUGUUCCCGAUGGCAGUUGCACUGGCUGGGUUUGCAAUGCUCAUGACGAUCCAUGGCAAUACAAACGCCCAAUAUGCGUCUCUUUUCCUGGUCACUAGUGGAUGUUAUAGCGCGAUGCCUGUCAUUGUAUGUUGGUUCGCCAUGAACCUGGGUGGCCAUCAUCGACGCAGCGUGGGAACGGCGUGGCAGGUCGGCUUUGGUAAUAUCGGUGGAAUCAUUUCUACUUAUUCGUUCGUCACAAAGGAUGGCGUUACGGAUUACCGAACCGGGUACAUCAUCUGUCUUUCCUUCGUGUGCCUCUCGGCUGUGUCAUGCGCGGCCUACCUGCUUGCCCUUUGGUUGGAGAACAAGAAGCGUGACAGGUCUCCGGUUGACCCUGCUAUGAUUCCGGAGGAAGAGGAGGAAUACCUUGGCGAUCUGGCGCCCACAUAUCGGUAUACUUACUGA